AUGUUACAAUCUCCAUUUGGCGAAUUUAUAUGGUCAGGCUGGCCUCCGGAUAAGCAAUCAAUUCGUCCGAGUCUUUACGCACUCUGGUUUGAUAAACCGCCAACAAUUGCGGAAAUGCCAACAUAUCCAAGAUCUCUGGAUAAACUUGUUUAUGGUACAAAUGGAACUGCAUGGGGAUGGUACAUUGGCUCAUCAACAGAGAUGCGUCCAUACAUAUGUCAAGCACCGUCAAUAAAUGCCAAAUACUUGCGUCCCAAUGGUCGGAUGAUUGAAUACGGUCAAAAUGAUACGCUUCCUAUUUCUCGAGGUCCCUGCUUUGUAACACAACCCGAAGAUGCAUGGUUUGUAAGUGGGAUCGAUGUGGAAAAUUUAGUCUCAUUCAAAUGCUUUGCCAAUGGAAAUCCAGCACCGAGUUAUAGGUGGUACAAGCUUGGCUUGAUAACCGGCGGUUCCAGUGUAGCCGUCAGAAGGACUCUUGUCGAUCCCAUGAAUUCGACAGAUGGUCGCAUAGCCAUAAGUGGAGGAAACAUGGUGAUACACUCCCCUAUAUCAACACUAGAUUCCGAAUAUUACCAAUGUGAAGCAUAUAAUCGAUUUGGAAGCAUUUCAAGUCGAACAGCAAAAAUAAUCUUUGGUCAAUUGGAAACCUUCCCAAAACACCCUCGUAGAACCAGAUUGGCGGCAGCUUAUCAAAGCGUUACCAUUCCUUGUGAUCCUCCUGCUCAUUCUCCAAGAGAUAGUUUAAUAUACUCGUUCUACAUGCGAAAAGGACCGGUUCUCGAACCACUAGUACUGUUGGCUCGACCGGGAGUCUUUGUCUCGCAAGCACAGGCACUCAUCGGUUUUUCUGAGGCCACAACGCAGGAUUCGGGAGUAUAUGUGUGCAUGAUUACGAUGUAUCAACUGGGCUCUCGGUUGAGUGACUCACCAAAAUCACCAGAUAUGCCUUUGGAAGUGAUGGAGAGCAAUUACAGGACACAAGAGCCCCGCAUCUACGACAGUUUCCCGGCCAUUUGGCCUAGCGAUCCCAUUCGUGGUCACCCCGUCCGGAUUGAAUGCUUCGCCGGUGGCAGUGUGCAGUCUGGACCACUACAUUACACCUGGCGCAGACUGGACGGCGUCCCAAUUCCUGUAAAUAGAUUGAGAGAGCUCAACCGUGUCAUUGAUAUUCCGCAAGUGCAACCUGAAGAUCAGGGUGUUUACGAAUGCAGCGUAACGGAUGCAAGAGGGAGCCAGGCGGAUCCACGAACUGUGAGUCUGCAGAUCAGAGCACUGCCUUACUUCACUAACAAGGCGAAGGACGAGGUAGUGGCAGUGGGCACCACCGUUACAAUGGUCUGCGAGGCCGGUGGCAUACCCGAGCCCACGCAAUACUGGUAUCGCAAUGGUGUGCGCGUUCGCAAUCUCAUUGACUCUGGUCAGCUCGACACAACCCGCUAUGUUGUUACAGACGGCACCAAGGAACCCGCUUCUCUAGUCAUCUCCAAUGUGGUUACCGCCGAUUCAGCGAUGUUCGACUGCCUAGCAGUGAACAGUCUGGGUAGUGAGUCCUCUUCUGGUGAGCUGCGAGUGCUCGCUUUUGCACCUAACUUUCAAAAACAUCCAAUGGUACCGGUGCUAGGCAUGGUGGGCUACAAUGCUGUCAUGACCUGUCAGCCUGAGGCUGCCCCUGACCCCACUAUCACCUGGUUUUUCCAGGGGACAACCCUUGCUCCUAUCGCCAGCAUCGUGGAUCAGACCACCGGCGAACCUACUUGCCCGGUAACAUAUUGCACAUUGCCCAGUGGAAAUCUGUUGGUGGCGCAGUUGACGAGAAUGCAGGCGGGUCUGUACGAGUGCCGGGCGCAGAACCAAUUCGGCAUGGCUAGCACUUCAGCUCAUCUCACAGUGAUUGAUCCACUGGUUCUCACUUUAAAACCACAAAACACUAUUGUAGAUGUCAACUCGACAGUCAUUGUGCCUUGCAAGGCGACUGUCAGCUCAUUCCUCGAUGUCAACUAUGCCUGGUUCUACGAGGAUGUGGAAAUAAAGUUUGAUCGACUGGAUGUGGACGCACGGCGCUACGAGACGACGAAAUUUUUGCGGUCUUAUGAUCGCAACUUCGGCUUUUUGCACAUAGUGAAUAUCCAACUCUACGAUGCUGGUCGGUACACUUGCGAGGCGCAGACGCCGCUCUCCCGAAACCGCUCUACUGCCUAUAUCCUCGUUGCUGGUCCGCCUGGUCCCUGUGCGGGUGUGGAGGCAGCAACAAUUCCAGACAGUGAAUUGGUUAUGGUGAAUUGGACCGUUGGAGCGGACCACUUUCACCCUAUCCAAUACUUCAUAAUUGAGGCUAAAGUGGCUGAUGAGCCGUGGUCCGUAGUGGUGUCGCGUCUCAACCAGUCUGCCGACAUCGUGAUCGGUCAGAAUACCAAACGCAGAACAACUACAAUAGGAAAUCUCUACUCGAACAUACCCUAUCAGCUGCGCGUCCGAGCGGUGAACGCGUUGGGUGUUGGGGAGCCUUCGAGGCCAUCGCGUGGGAUCGUCACUCUGCCGAAGGCACCGACAAAAAUGGUCCGGAAUGUGACUGGAGGUGGUGGCAAAGAGGGCACACUGGUGGUGAAAUGGGAGCCGCUGACGUACGUAGAACAGAACGGAGAGGGCUUUCAUUACGUGCUUCGAUGGAGGGCCUGGGAGGACACCGAGUACACUACGGCCCUCGUCUAUGAGCCUUCAUCGGUGCCAGAUACCACGUGGGUGCAGUACACCGUCAGCCUGCCCGUUCUGCGCUACUAUAAGCCCUACGAGGUCACCAUCCAGGCUGUCAACAAUCAGGGCUCCGGGCCAAUCACCGAUCCAGUGGUGAUAAUGUCAGCUGCUCGUCUCCCGGUUACUGCCCCACGCAAUCAACAGGCAAACCAGUACAAUGGUAGCGCCCUUCUCAUCACUUGGGAUCCCCCUUUGCUAAGUGGCGAAGAGGGUCCCCUCCUCGGUUACCGACUUAUCUACUGGCGCCGCAAUCUGGAAUGCCUCGGCAUCGAAUCCGACAUCGAGCGCUUUGAGCAGGGUCAGCGGCGCACCCUCUACGGCGCCGACCUGACUUCUGGCUUUAUUAUCGGUCUAGAGCAGGAUAUCUACUACUGUGUUGCGGUUCAGGCCUUCAACACAGCAGGCGAUGGGCCGCCGUCGGGAUUUGCCGAGCAGACGACUUACAAACUUUGGCCGCAGAGUUUCCCCACCAUGAUUCAACUGAAUAGCACGCACUACCCACGGACGGUGCGAGUGAGUUGGGUGGGCGUACAAACCACCCUGAAUGAGGAGGCGGUUUUGGGCUAUCGCAUUCGCUACUGGCUGGUGGGCUCAAACUACAAGGAGGCGCACACAGACGUGGACGUGAGGUUGAGAACGUACGGCUAUGUACAGAAUUUGGACAUUAAUAAACGCUACAACCUGCGGGUGUAUGCGUAUAGUCGGGGCGGUGUAGGGAAAAUGUCCUCUCCGAUUGUGCAAUUUCAGAUGAUCCCCAGGGAUCAGUGUGUACCGGGAGCAUCAUGGGAGGGUCCCGACAUCCAUUACAACCUAGUCUGCUCAGCAUUGAAAGUGCGAUGGCCUAUAUGGGUGAUUGCUUUGACUUUCAUCCUUCUACUUGAGCAACUCAACCUCUAA